AGUGCUGCUGGCUCCUAGCGAUGGACACCCCCGGGGUCCCCGCCCCUGCCGCCGCCCGGGGCCCGGGCCCGGGCAGGAAGGAGUUGAAGAUCGUAAUCGUGGGCGACGGCGGCUGCGGCAAGACUUCGCUGCUCAUGGUGUACAGCCAGGGCUCCUUCCCCGAGCACUACGCCCCAUCGGUGUUCGAGAAGUACACGGCUAGCGUGACGGUGGGCAGCAAGGAAGUGAUCCUGAACCUCUACGACACGGCCGGGCAAGAAGACUAUGACCGGCUGCGGCCCCUGUCCUACCAGAACACGCACCUCGUGCUCAUCUGCUAUGAUGUCAUGAACCCCACCAGCUACGACAACGUCCUUAUCAAGUGGUUCCCUGAGGUCACGCAUUUCUGCCGUGGGACCCCCAUGGUGCUCAUUGGCUGCAAGACAGACCUGAGGAAGGACAAGGAGCAGCUUCGGAAACUCCGGGCCGCCCAGCUGGAGCCCAUCACCUACACACAGGGACUGAGCGCCUGCGAACAGAUCCGUGCUGCCCUUUACCUGGAGUGUUCCGCCAAGUUCCGGGAGAAUGUGGAGGACGUCUUCCGAGAGGCCGCCAAGGUGGCCCUCAGUGCUCUGAAGAAAGCACAACGGCAGAAACAACGGCGGCUCUGCCUGCUGCUGUGACCCCAGGGCAGACGGCCCUCAUGACAGGACUGACAGGGCGGGUCCCCAGGCCCAGAUGGCCUCAUCCCCAACUCUCCAGCGCCUGCUGUCCAGGGCCUGUGGCUAGACUCUUAGAACAUUCUGGAAUUCUCCUUUCCCAGUGGGGCUGACUGCAGAUUCGCCUCCAGGCUCACACUGGAGUGCAGUGGUGAAUGAGGGUGCUGGAUUUGCUCCCCUCCGUACCCUGGAACCAGCAUUUAUCCCCAGGACUGAGAAUUUCCCUCUUCACAGCCUCCCCAGCCAUGUGUCCCCCCCCAGCACACCCAAUUUAUGCUUGAAAUUAAAAGCUACAUCUGGCCUGGGGGUAAAUGUGGACUUGGCAUUGUUCCACAGGGGUGCCUCCAAGCCUACUGCUCCUGUGUCACCGCCUCCCCGGACAUCCCAGAUAGGCAUGCUGCAUCCUCCAGCUCUUCCUUCCUCCCCCAGAAAGCCGGCAGCCACUGUGGGGCCAGGGCUAUCAGGAGAAUACAGACACCAGCCCCCACCAUCCGUCCUCCGGACUUCAGCCUCAGCCUUCAGCUUGGCCACCAUCUUUUCAGAGCUAGGCCCAUAUGCCCAAAGGGGAGAAGAAACGGGUUCUCAAAAGGCCAAAAGUAUAUCCUGGGCCACCCAUCCACCUCUGCUCAAGAUCUCACCUCCAAACCCUUCACCGCCAGAGGCUCAAGAUGGAAAGUGCCAUCAGCCCCCUGUGUGAUUCUGGGCAAGUCACUUGUCUCUCUAGACUGUUUUCCCCAUCUGCAGAAGGACAGGAUGGCCCCUGUAAAUAUUCAUCACGCUACUUACCUUCUGUCUCUCACAGCUUCUGCUUCUACCAAGAUGCAGAGUUCAGGAGCUGAGAUCAUCCUGGCCUCCUUCGAGAACUGCCAUGAUCGACCCUUUGCCCAUGUGGGAUGGUUUCUCAAAACUGGUCCACAGCAAGAUUCCUGAGCCCUGAACCUCUUUCUGAAGGUCUGGUGUCUGGGACAUUUUAAACAGGUGCCACAGGUGAUUUCUUAUGCACACCAGAGAUUGAGAGCUGCUUGGUUCUGGAGUGAGCCAAGAAGUUAGUGUUAUCUAAGGUGGGCUAAUAGCUUCAGGCAGCGCCUGUCCUCCCCAGUAUCUCCUGCUUCAGUUCCCCCUGCCCAGUGCUGAGGCCCUGCCCAUGCCUGAGCCUCUCAGAGGUCAGGGUGCCAGGGAAGGAGACUUCUAGAACCCACCCAGGUUCUCUAAGGCCUUACUCUGUCUUGGGGAGUCAACCAAGGACCUCUUGUUGGACACAAGGCCUCAUGGACAAAUGAUGGUCUACGGAAUAGGUCAGCAAACGACAGUCUGUGGGCCACAUCUGCCCACGUGUUCUCAUAAAUAAAGUUUUAUUGGAACACAGCUA